GAUUAGAGCUGAUUAAAUGUAACAUGAUUUUUUAGGAAUAUGUCCAUUAGGUCCAUUUUUUAAAAAAUCACAUAUGAAUCAAAGUUGUGACUUCUGUUUUAAUAUAUAAGAUUUUUACUACUUUAGAAAAUUAUCUUAAAGAAUUAUAUUUAAUCUCUUAUUUGGUUUAUCGUGUGAUGUUGGUAGACACUGUACCAAUAUGGUGCAAGAAGAAUACUUAUGUUUGGUGCACCACCAAUAGGAUGUGUCCCUUCGCAGAGAACUGUAGCUGGAGGACCAACAAGAGAUUGUGUUGUUCGGUUUAAUGAUGCGUGUAAACUUUUCAAUGCUAAACUCUCUGCAAAGAUAGAUGGCUUGUCAAGAACCCUACAAGACACGACUUUAAUAUAUAUUGACAUCUAUGAUCCUCUACUUGAUCUCAUUUUAUACCCUCAACAAUAUGGAUUUAAGGUGAGUAAUUUAGGAUGUUGCGGAACGGGGUUCAUAGAAGUGACUGCUCUAUGCAACAACUAUACAGCCGCUGUAUGUCCCGUGAGAUCGGAUUAUGUGUUUUGGGACAGUUUUCAUCCCACUGAAACAGCUUACAGAAACAUAGUUGCAAAGCUUCUUCAGAGAUAUCUCAACAGAUUCUUCUAGUUAAUGGAUAUAUAGCACCUACUCUUUAACAUCUCGGCAAUACUUCAUUUAUGAUUAUUUGAAUUAUCAUUACAAAGGCAAAGAAAUAUAAAUUAUACUUUCUAAAAUCA